AUGGGGACGACGACCGUGUUGAAGCCAAAUGCAACGGGGCAAGCAAGCGAUCAACGUUUCCAGGGCGUCUCGCCAGAUCUCGUAACUUAUGUGGAACAAGGAGAAGAGAUCAUCAAGACCCUUCAGGAAAAUGUGAAGCUGAAGGGGUGGCAGACGAUGGAUGCCUUCACAAGCGAAGGCUUUCUCGUGAAGAAGUUCCAUGAUCCCGUCACGAAGAGGACUUCCUUCCUCACUCAAGCCAUAUUGGACAUUCCUUGCGAAGAGCUCUUCGACGAAGUAUGGUAUAAUGGAGAGAAUACCCCGGAAUGGAAUCGUAAUGUCAUCAAAUUCAAAUUUGUCGAGAUCAUUGGAGAUCAUUGUCGUGUGGCGUACCAGAUCACUGCUCCAUUAGCUGGAGGAAUGAUCGCAUCCCGGGAUUUCCUCAAUCUUCUCUGCUACAAAAUUGAAAAUAAUACCAUCUAUUCAGCUUAUGCCAGCACAUCCUGGCCCGGAUAUGAAGCCACGAACAAAUACGUCAGGGCAGAGGUAUAUCCCAGUGGAUUCGUGUAUUCUUCGGUGCCGGGAGAUCCGAGCAAGACCCAAAUCCAAUGGCUUUACAACACUGAUAUCAGAAUGAGCUUCUUGCCAGACUACAUCCUGAACAACAUCCUACCCUUGUCUUUCAAGAGUUAUAUACAGUAUAUGCAAGAACAUUUGGCGGGCCUCCGACGGUAUCCAAAAUCCACCCCCGCCCCUGUGUCUCAGGCUCCAUGAGGAGUUUUCAACAUUCCAUUUACCAUUUUGUACAUCGUCUUCAUUUGCUUCCAUCCUAUGUUCAAUUCCGAAUCCGUUUAGUGAAAAUUUACCGUGGAACCGUAAGCAGAGGUAAUGUUUUUUUUUUGCAUGACUAAUUCUAAGAAGCACUGUAAGAAGUAUUCCUUUGGCAGCAAUACGACCGUCUCGGGUGUGAUUUCAACUGAAGCUGUGAUUCCUCAAUGCGAGAAUAACGUGGGGAUGUACGGCUCGCCUGGGCAAGUCUUUCUUUUGUUUAUAGGUUGACGAUGGAAUUUAAAAAAACACCAGCGUUUUGUUAUGCGCUGCUUCGUUAAUGAC